AGUCUUCCUGGGCAAAAUCAACACGGCUGAAGACCUUUCUUAAUUCUCAGGUGUCCAAUAAGAACCUCCAAGCUCCUAGCAUGAUACACUCCUACUGCAAGCAGAAAUCCUUCAGGAAACUACCUGCGUGGGUGGUUUUCAGCCUUCUGGUGUACUGGUACAUCCCACUGUCCAGCUCCGUGCCUACUUACGAAUGGCAAGAUCCCAUUACCCGCGAGAGACUCAUCUGCCAGCAAUGCCCACCGGGGACAUGCGUCGAACAGUACUGCACCAAGAAUAGGCAGACCAGGUGCCAACAGUGCCCCAGCCUCUACUAUACCCAAUACUGGAACUACCUCGAUAGAUGUCUGUAUUGCAACAAUAUCUGCUCCAGCUUGGAAGUGGAAGCUCUGCCGUGUAAUGCCACACAUGACCGGGUGUGCCAUUGCAAGCCAGGAUACUACUUUGACCGCUACUCAGAUUUCUGCCUACCGCAUUCCACUUGCCCUAUGGGGAGCGGAGUCGCUGAGCCUGGCACCCCUCAUAAAGACACCCAGUGUGCAGAGUGCCCUUCGGGGACCUUCUCCAACUCCAGCACAGCGACGUGCCAGCCGCACACGGACUGUUUGGCGCACGGCCUGAAGCUCAACGUUCCGGGGAACCGUUUCCACGACGCCCUCUGCACGGCCUGCGAACUCAACCAAACCAACGGGACCCUGGAUUGGCCUGAGGAAAGUGCAGCGACCCCGGAUUGCGAACAGGCUUUUAUCGACUUCGCGGUUUAUCAGAUCAACUCGCCGAGGAAGUUGCGGCUCCUGAAGCGGGUGCUGGAGCAGGAGGCCGAGCCGAAGGAGGGGCCUCAGAGCCAGCUGCAGCUCCAGGCCGAGAUCUACUGCCUCACCCGGAACUGGAACUCCCCCGUGGACGUGUCGGUCAUCAAACAGCUCCUGUUGGCCUUCCAGAAAUCCCAGAUGCAUCGGAAAAAGAACCGGCUCCAGAAGCAUUUAUCUACGCAGUUACGGAAACAGAGGCGCGCCUUUUGAUCGGAGCCGGGAAAUCGCGCGCCUGCAAAAGGACGGGCGCUCGCUUCGGCUCCUUCUAGGGUUUUUAAAAUUUCUAGUCAGGAAUGGGAAUUGUUUCCUUUUAAAAACAAAGUCCUUCACCUGACUUCACAGGAACUACGGUUUGGGUUUUAAGUUUAGUCAGGGCUUGCUUUGUAGGAAAAGCCCAGCAGGACCUCAUUUGCAUAUUAGGCCACACCCCCGGCACCAAGCCAGCCAGAACUACGUUUCUGUGCGUUCCUGCUAAAAAAAAAAAAGCCCCGUGUUUAGUUACGCGUUUUAUUUUUCGCUCUCACCCUUCCGGUUUCUCUGGUAGCUUUUCUUUUGUUCAACCAUAGAUUAAGGGGAAAGCGAUCUGUAUUGAUGAUAGAGCCAGUUUGGUGUAGUGGUGAAGUGUGCGGACUCUUAUCUGGGAGAACCAGGUUUGAUUUCCCCACUCCUCCACUUGCACCUGCUGGAAUGGCCUUGGGUCAGCCAUAGCUUUCGCAGAGCCGUCCUUGAAAGGGCAGCUUCUGGGAGAGCUCUCUCAGCCCCACCCCCCUCACAGGGUGUCUGUUGUGGGGGAGGAAGGUAAAGGAGAUUGUGGGCUGCUCUCUGUCCUUGAAAGGGCAGCUGCUGUGAGAGCCCUCUCAGCCCCACCCCCCUCACAGGGUGUCUGUUGUGGGGGAGGAAGGUAAAGGAGAUUGUGAGCCGCUCUGCGACUCUUCGGAGUGGAGGGCGGGAUAUAAAUCCAAUAUCUUCACCUACCUCACAGGGUGUCUGUGUGUGUGUUCAGGAGGAAUGGAAAUACUGAACUGUAAUUAAUGGAUAUAUGGGAAUGUAUGUAAUCAAUGUAUUGAUGGUAAAAUGGUCAAUGUAUAUAUAUGCCAUGUUGUAAUGUAUGGAUGACAGCACUAGCUAUAACCUGAGGAGGGGUGUCACUAUUAUAUGUAAAGAGACAGCUUAUAGCAUGUGCUGCAGAACUGAAAGUAGAUCUAGAGGCUUAGAUGAUCUACAUGACAGCAGGUGGCUGGCUGCCAGAAGUCUUGCAUCAGCCAGCAGAGUCAGCAUGACACAGCAAGUUGCUGAUUGGCUGUCCAAUGUAUAAAUGUACAGAGCAACUGUGGUGAUUGUGGGUUAAAGGAGUUGGAGUGCAGCGGAGCAUAUUGUCAGUCAGGAGAGUGAGUGGUAUUGUAAAUAAAUGUAUAUAGUGGUUUUACA